AUGGAGAACGAGUCAACAUUGUAUCAACAAAUAUACGACUAUCUACAAAAUGACAAAUAUCCGGAUGAGUUUAGCAAAUCCCAAAAACGCGGCUUGAGACGGAGAUCCCAAGACUUUGUUGUUCAAGACGGGGUAUUAUUCUAUCAAGGAAAAAACAAGGAAUCUCAACCACGACGCUGGAUAACGGACCCUAAGCAAAAGCAACAGAUAUUAGAAGGAUGUCAUUCAAGUCAACUUGAAAAACAGAAAUGCCAAAUACAAGGAUCCAUUUCAUCACAAAAAUCGAUCAAAUGUGGUGUACCACAAGGCUCUAUUCUUGGGCCACUAUUCUUUCUAAUAUAUAUUAAUGAUUUGCCUCAAUGUCUAAAUAAUACAAAACCUCGGUUGUUUGCUGAUGACACAAAUCUAACCGCUACUGGAGAUUCUAUACCUCACCUUGAGACUGCAGUGAACUCUGAUUUGGAAAACCUUAGAAAAUGGUUAAUUGCCAAUAAACUUAGCCUAAAUGUAGCUAAGACCGAAUUUAUGUUAAUUGGUUCGAAGCCAAUGAUCAAAAGUGUUUCAAAUUCACAACCUAAUAUUGAAAUUGAAAACAAACCAAUUAAACAAGUUUACGAAUGUAAAACUCUUGGAGUGACAGUUGACCAGCAUUUGUCUUGGAAAAGUAAUACUGACAAUAUUUGUAAGAAAAUAACAGCAGGAAUAUCGGCUCUUCGGCGUUUAAAAGAGUUUACUGAUAGACAAACUCUUAUUUCUGUAUAUAAUGCAAUUGUUCGGCCAUACUUCGAUUAUUGUUGUGAAGUAUGGGAUGUCUUUGGGGAAACACAAUCAAAGCGACUCCAAAAACUCCAAAAUAGAGCUGCUCGAAUUAUCAUGAAUAUGAGCAAUGACACAGAACAUUCUGUUGCUUUACAAGCAUUGAGCUGGGUGCCACUCAAAACGGAAAGACAAAAAGCUAAAGCAAAAUUAAUGUACAAAAUAUUAAAUAAAAUGGGUCCGGAGUCACUCACUAAUCUUUUCACAUAUAAAGGUGAGAUGACAAACUACAAUCUUCGGGAUAUUUCGAGUAGUCUUUGCUUACCUAAACCGCGUACAAAUAGCAUGAAAAAGAGUUUCAUGUAUGACGGAGCCUACCUUUGGAAUUCUAUUCCGAAGGAAAUUAGAGAAAGCAAAUCCUUUGCCUCUUUUAGGAAUAAAAUCGCUACUCACAUUAAUAGUAAUUGUAAAUAGAUGUUCCCGCAGACUAACUUACUAAGUACCGGUACUAUACUUUACCUAUUUAAUACUAUUUCUAAUAUUUUGUAAAUAAUUAUUCUAAAUUUUAUACUUCUGUAAUUUCUUCUAUACACGCCCCCUGUGGAAAUCAGCUUCGGUUGACGGGGUUAGCGUGGUUAAAUAAAGUUUUCUAUCUAUCUUCUAACUAGCUGGACAUUUUGGUCGCGACAAGACAAGAGAAAAGGCGAGUAAGCUUUUGUUUAUAUGAAAAGAUAUAUAUAAGGAUUGUUUUUUUGCUUCUUUUUGUUUUUCUUUUUGAUGAUGUAUGUAGUAUAUAGAGUUGUAUACUUACGUCUUCUUCUGUUUCUAAAAUAAAGGUUGGGACAAUGUAUUACUGGCUAUCUGUUAUCGAAGACUGUGCCGAUUUUGUAAGACCCUGCGACGUAUGUCAACGCAAUAACAAGCAUUUCAAGAAGUCGUCCACUCUCCAUCCCAUUCCAGUUAAGAACAAAGUAUGGCAUCGCAUUUGGAAUUGACCUUAUUGGACCUUUACCAGAAGUAUGUGAUUUGUCUUGAUCAUAAAACAUCAGUUUGUUUUUGCUGUUCAUAUUCCUGUUUAAUUUUUAUAAUAUUGUUCAAAUUUCUAGACACAUCGAGGUAAUAAGUAUCUUAUGACUUGCACCGACAGCUUCAGCAACUGGCCAGAAGCGAAACCUUUAAAAGACAAAACGGCUAUUGGCGUAGCAGACUUCUUCUACGAACUACUGACACGAUAUGGAGUAGCUGAAGUUAUCAUCUCCGAUCAGGGUCGAGAGUUUGUGAACCAGAUCAAUGAAGAGCUCUUUCGUUUGACAGGAACUGAUCAUAGAAUUAGUUCAGCAUACUAUCCCCAGACUAAUGGUCUAGAUGAGCGCAUGAAUCAAACAAUGAAAACUUCUCUAGUUAAAUACGUAAACGAGAACCAAACCGAUUGGGAUGUUCAUGUCUCGUCCGUCCUAUUUGCCUACCGUACUAGUGUCCAUGAUUCCACCAAAUACUCGCCAUACGAGCUGAUGUUUGGCCGCAAACCUGUUCUUCCAGUUGAGCUGCAAAUACUACCAUUUCCUUCUACUUCGGAUGAUGAUAGCACUGCGGGUGCUGGACAUGUACAGUUUGAAAACAAAAUUCGGGUAAUGAAAGAAAUACGUCAACAAGUCAACGCAAAGGCCUUAAAGAAUAUAUCUAAGGCUCAACAACGUAUGAAGGCGAAUUACGACGCGAAGCAUCAGGCUCCCUCCUUUAAAAGCGGUGACGAAGUUUUGCUCAAAUCAGUGAGAAAUGAUUCAAGGAAAGGUGGUAAACUAGAGUGUACUUGGACGGAACCAUAUGUUAUUUCCAAUUGCUUGGCAAAGGGACUUUACAAACUUGUCAAAGAUGGAAAGGAGUUGAAGAAGUCAUACAACGGUGUUCGGCUGAAGAAAUAUGCUAAACCAUCAACAGUAAACGAUGCAGCUGGCUCGAGAAGCAAAGAUACUGUUAAUCCAAAUGUUUGGUUACCUGGACUUGGUCUCACUGCGAAAGAUAAGAAGACUAUACAGAACAAUUCAAAGCUUGACGACAAAGUUAUUAAUGCUGCACAGACGGUCUUAAAGCAGCAAUUUCCUAGUAUCUCUGGUUGGCAAGACACCAUCCUCAGUCAAACCUCCUUCGAGUCAAUUCCUGUAGAUUCUGUUCAAAUCCACUAUAAUCCAAAAAGAGAUAACUGGGUCUGUUCAUCGUCUGUCCAUGGGAACAUACAGGUAUUCGACAGCUUGUUCGAGACCUUAAGUGCCUCAAUGCAGAUUCAACUUGCAGAGUGUUAUCGAUUUGCUAUCAACUUCGACGUCCUUGAAAUCGAAUUAAGUUCCUUCCGUUCAACGACAAAGUGGCAGUAUAGACUGUGGACUUUUCGCUAUUGCGUUUGCGUAUGA